CAACCGGAGAAGCAGGCUCCCAGCUGCCCAGCCCUUGAAAUACGCAUCUGCCUGUGAGAAUCCACUUCCUGGGUGGCCAGUGACCAGUUGUUGCCCCAAAAUGGGGGCCAUGUCGGGAGCAGUCUUGGUCCUGGCCUGUUUGACUGUCGUUUCUGCAGCUGCUGAGGGAGAGCUCCAGGCUCCAGGCCAGAGGGAACUGAGAGCACGGCAGCCCACCCAGCACCCUCAGGAAGUUGGCUAUGCAGCACCCCCCUCCCCACCCCUUACCAGAACCCUCCCUGUGGGUCACCCAGACACAUCCCAGCACAGCCCCGCCUUUGAGGAACAGAAAGAAGUGCAACCCCCUCUCUCCAGGGGAGCCAUUGCUGCCCAAGAGGAAGUGCAGCCCUCUCCCCAGCUCCCUGUGGAAAGGAAAGCAGCAGACCAACCUCUCCCCCAGGAAGCCACCCCCCUUCAAGAAGAACUUGAACAAAAAGAAGUAGACUCGUAUUUACCAAAUCAGGAGGAGAUGACCUUGGGCUCUAAGCAGAAAGAGGUCAGCCAGUCUGAAGAAAAUCCAGCUCCCCUCCAGGGCAGGGAGUCGGAGUCCUGGGAUCCAGCCCAGCACUGCCAGCGAGGUAGACCCCGAGGGGGCUGGGGCUUCCGGCUGGCUGGCUUCCCCCCUGGGCGACCUUCUCCAGAGAAUCUGAACCAGAUCUGCCUCCCUACCCGCCAACACGUGGUGUACGGCCCCUGGAACCUGCCCCAGACUGGCUACUCCCACCUCACGCGCCAAGGUGAAACCCUCAAUUUGUUGGAAACUGGAUAUUCCCGGUGCUGCCGCUGCCGCAGCCGCUUAAAUUGUCUGGACUGUGCAGAACUUGUGUGGGAGGACGCUCUGAUCAAGUUCUGUGAGGCUGAGUUCUCAGUCAAGACCCGAGCCCACAGGUGCUGCAAAGAGCAGGGAGAGGCUCGAUUCACCUGCUUCCAAAAGGAAGCACCCCAGCCACACUACCAGACCCAGGCGUGCCCUAGCCAAAAGCUCCACAUUCCCUCGGGCCCCAAACUGCCUUUCCCCCCCGGGGUUCCCACUCUGGACAACGUCAAGAACAUCUGCCACCUGAAACGCUUCCGCUCAGUGCCGCGCAACCUCCCAGCUGCAGACCCCGUCCAAAGGCAGCUGCGGGCUCUGACCCAGCUGGAGGCGGAGUUCCAGCGCUGCUGCCGUCAGGGGGAUAACCACACCUGCACACGGAAGGCUUGGGAGGACGCCCUUGAUGGGUACUGUGACAAGGAGCAUGCUGUAAAGACCCACCACCACUCAUGCUGCCGCUACCCUAUCAGUCCUGCCCGCGAUGAGUGCUUUGCCCGUCGGGCUCCCUAUCCCAACUACGACCAGGACAUCUUGACCCUUGACCUCAGCCGAGUCACGCCCAACCUAAUGGACCACCUCUGCAGAAACCACAGGGUUCUCAGCAAGCAUAAACAGAUCCCAGGGCUGAUCCAGAACAUGACUGCCCGCUGCUGCGACAUGCCCCUUCCAGAGCAGGCCUGCUGCGCGGAGGAGGAAAAACUGGCCUUCGUCGAUGACCUCUGUGGUCCCAGACGUACCUUCUGGAGGGACACAGCCUUCUGCUGUGACCUGAGUCCUGGGGACGAACAGACCAACUGUUUCAACAUCCACUAUCUGAGGAAUGUGGCGCUAGUGGCUGGAGACACUGGGGAUGCCAAGGGCCAGGGGGAGCAGGACCCAACCAAGGAAACAAAUAUCAGCCCCACCCCCAACAAAGAAGAGAAGAAUGAGUCACCCCAGAGCCUUGGAGGAUCAGAUGGGGAAACUCCACCCCACCCCACCCUCCUCGAACACUCAUUACAGUAAACACCUCUUGGAUUUGGUGCAGUCUUUGUCUGUAGCACCGCACAUGCAAACACACCCUUUUAAGCCUGUCUGGAUUUUCUUCGGUGACGGGCCCCUGUGACCCACUGCUCCGAGGAGUUGUUCCCCAGGCCUGUAAUGGGAUCAUAACUAAAUGACUUCACUUCA